AUGGACCACUUGCCGAUUGGUCCCGGGGUCUCCCAUGCACUAGCGUCAUCAGUGUCAUUAGUGGCGCAACCUGCUAGCGCCAGGCGUCAUCACCGCCCCCCCAAUACGAUCGACACAACAUCGACAAACUCAACUGGUGUGUCAAGGUCACAAUUAGCCAAGAAGAACACCCGGGGACCUUGUUGCCAAUUGAAGACGGCUAAGGUCACCCGGGUGACCAACAGUUGA